AUGGAACUCCUUGGCGUGCUCAUGUGUCUCCUAGCCGUGCCCGUAAUGGCCUUCCUGCGAAGCUACGGUAGGCGGGCACGUGCUCGCCUCGUCGUUCACAAGAUCGGCGACCCUGCCGUUGCCCACCGCGCGCUCAUCGACAACGCCGACGACUUCUCGAACCGGCCGGCCGGGAUCUUCCCCGUAUCCCUAGCCACCUGGGAAAACGGCGAGCCGAACGAGAACAUAACCACGGUGAGGUACGGCCCGCACUGGUCAGCGCUCCGCUGCAACCUCACCGCCGGGAUCCUGCACCCCACGCGCCUGGCUUCUCUCGCCCCGCUGCGGCAGGAGGCCGCCCAGGCGCUCGUGGCGGAGCUCUCUGGCGCCAGCGGCCGUGACCGUGAGGUGACCCUCCGCGGCCACAUCACCGCUGCCGUGUUCCCGCUGGUGGCGCGCCUGUGCUUCGGCGAUGGCGUCGACGGCGGCCACGUGCGCGCCAUGGGGACCAUGGUGCGGGAUUUCCUAGCCGCCGCGGGGGAGCUCAACCGCAGAUUCGACGGCUCCAUGCUCUCCAAGAUCGUGAACUGGAGGGCGCUUCGCCACGUCACCGGCUUGAUCGAGCGGCAGGCCGAGCUGUACCGCCCGCUGAUCGAGGCGAGGAGGCGGUCACGAUCUCCCCUCUGCGGCGGCAUUGUCCAUCCUUACAUCGACUCACUCCUCGAUCUCCGCGUACCCGAUGAUGAUGCAGCCGCCGGCGACGGCCAUGGCCUGCGCGAGCUCCGAGACGGCGAGGUGGUAGGUCUCGUUCUAGAGUUCCUUGCCGCGGGCAUGGGCUCCGUGUCGGCCUGCGUCGAGUGGACCCUCGCCCACCUCAUCGACCGGCUGGAGGUGCAGGACAAGCUACGCCGUGAGAUCGAUGGCGCGGCUGACGCCACGCUUUCCAGCAAAACCCUUCGCACCGGCAUGCCGUACCUGAACGCCGUGGUGUUGGAGAGCCUCCGGAUGCACCCGCCGAUGCCGGUCCUCAUGCGCGCCGCGCAUGGCGAGGGUGCCAAAGUAGUGCCUGUCACAAGGGCCACCACCGUGCCGGCCGAGGGCCUGAGGGUGAUGUUCAGCUUAGGCGACAUCGGAAGAGAUGGGAAGACGUGGACCGACCCUGACGAGUUCCUGCCAGAGCGAUUCCUCCCCGGAGGCGAGGCGGAGGACGUUGGCCCGAUGCCGGGCCGGAAAGAGAUCAGGAUGAUGCCGUUUGGCGCGGGACAUAGGCACUGCCCCGGCAUGAGCAUGGGGAUGUUGCACACCAAGUGCUUCGUGGUGGCACUCGUGCGUGAGUUUGAAUGGGCACCAUCGGCGGAGGACCGCGGCGGCGGCAUUGACAUGACGGAGCUGGAUGGGUUCUCCAAGCUGAUGAAGAAGCCCCUUACCGCUUGCGUCACGCGACGUACAUAA